AUGAUGCUUCUUCCUUGCUUACUUCUCAUCCUUUCAGCCUGUGUUUCUGCAACACAGUACAGAAUCCCAAGGCUUAGUCCAACCGACAGAGAUUCUGAAGCUCUGUUCUCGCCUCUUUCGGAUGAUUUCAAGACAUUUUAUUACAACCAAACGUUAGAUCACUUCAAUUAUAGGCCUGAAAGCUACACGACGUUCGCUCAUAGAUAUAUAAUCAACUUUAAGUAUUGGGGCGGCGCAAAUUCGAGCGCUCCCAUUCUUGCCUACUUGGGAGCUGAAGGUCCACUGGAUAAUGAUUUGAACGUUGUGGGAUUCUCGACUGAUAAUGCUGCUCAAUUUGGGGCUCUUCUUGUUUAUAUUGAGCAUCGUUAUUAUGGGAAAUCGAUACCCUUUGGAUCAAGGGAGGUAGCAUUGAAGAAUGCAAGCACUUUAGGCUAUUUCAACUCUGCUCAAGCAAUAGCAGAUUAUGCUGAUGUUCUUAUACAUGUUAAAAAGGAGUUGCAUGCUAAAGAUUCUCCUGUGAUUGUUCUUGGUGGAUCAUAUGGUGGAACCCAAUACGACCACCCACCAAGGUAUCCAGUCACUAUAAUCUGUGAUGCCAUUGAUGGAGCUUCACCAGGAAGUGGAAUUGUUGACAGAAUUGCUGCAGGGGUGUUUGCUUAUAAAGGAAAUCUUUCCUGCUACAUGAAUCAGGCCAGAGAUGAAACUGAAACCGAUGUGGGAUGGAGGUGGCAGAGAUGCAGUGAAAUGGUGAUGCCAUUAAGCACAGGCAAUGAUACUAUGUUUCCAGCAUACAAUUUUGAGCUUGGAAGCUUCAUAGAUUACUGCAAUGAGUUAUACGGUGUGUCUCCAAGGCCUCACUGGGUCACUACCUAUUAUGGAGGCCAUGACAUAAAACUCAUCCUUAAGAGAUUUGGCAGCAACAUCAUUUUCUCCAAUGGACUCAGGGACCCUUAUAGCAGCGGCGGAGUGUUGCAUGACUUAUCUGACAGUCUCCUUGCACUCCAUACGCCUAAUGGAUCUCAUUGUUUGGACAUUUUACGAGCAAAUGAAACGGAUCCACAGUGGUUGGUGGAACAAAGAGAGACAGAGGUUAACAUCAUUAAAGGAUGGAUCAUUAAGUACUAUGCUGAUCUUGGCAGUCCAAACAAUAUAUAAAUAACACAUAACGAUGAUGAAACACUAUAAACAGGAUACGAAAAUCAUCAUGACAUGUAUGCCACUGAAGAUGAAUUUAUGAACUUGUAUUGAUGUUAGUGUUGAAAACGUC